CGUGGUGAAGGAAGUCCGCUUACCCACGACAGGGUCUCUGACGCCCAUCUCCGUUACCCUAGAGGAUGACAAGACCCAGCGCGUCUUCGAUCAGACGGUCACUGACCUCCCCUUCUUCCUCACUCUCGAGCCGACUGAUCGUUCCCCGGCGUCUCGUCGCCACCGCUCCUCUGCACAUUUCGAUGUGAUGGAGACGCGGUACGACUUCAUUCUCUACAUUCCGUGGUCUCGUCGGUUUCGCAGCACCGAGGCCGAUUGGGCGACCAACACUCUCGUUCUCAAAACGAAGUGUGGACAGACGUAUCGCGUACCUUUCAUAGGUACCACGACGAUACCACGCCCCGAUCCUCCUCCCCCGGAGCCGUCUGUGCCCACACCAUCCCCCUCUAUCACUGUCGCCUCGCCUCGGCAGUUCGCUCACUUCAUUCGACAGGACGACGUCACCUUCUUUAUGGUGAACGUGACGGAUCUCUUACACUAUGAUCCACCCUAUCCCGACGCCGAGCUCAUCCCUCUUGAGCCAUAUCCUCCUUCUAUCUCCAUGGCUCCCAUCUCUACUCCCGUCCCUCCGCCGUCCGUCGAGUCCACUCCGUCGUCGCGCGCUGACACUGACGCUGAGGAACUCGCACGAUAUACGGCUAACCUGGAGCCCGAAGUUCGUGACCUCAUCCGAGAGUACCGCGACAUUUUCCCAUCGUCGUUCUCGUACGCCGGCAUCCCACCGAUGCGUGACGUCGAGCACUCCAUUCAGCUUGUGCCUGACUAUCGUGUUCACCACCAGACACCCUACAAACUCUCGAUUCCCGAGGCCACUGAAAUCAAGCGUCAGCUUGAGGAGCUCCUGAGACUGGGUUUCAUUAAACCCAGCAACUCCCCGUGGGGUGCACCCGUCCUCUUUGCUCACAAAGCGGAUGAAACUCUUCGUCUCUGCAUCGACUACCGCGGUCUCAACCGCUACACGGUUCAGAACAGCUACCCCAUGCCUCGUUCCGAUGAGUUGUUCGACCGCCUAGCAGGCAACCGCUUCUUUACAAAGAUUGAUCUUCGUAGCGGUUACCAUCAGAUCCGCGUCGCUGCAGCCGACCAGCCGAAGACCGCACAUGGCUUCUACGCCAAGCUCAGCAAGUGCCGCUUUGCCCACCACAAAGUGGACUUCUUAGGACAUUACGUGUCUGACCAGGGUCUCCACAUGGACGACGCGAAGAUCACUGCUAUUGCGGAAUGGCCCGCUCCCACAUCCGCCAAGCAGCUUCGCAACUUCCUAGGACUGACCACCUACUAUAGUAACUUCAUCCAGGGAUACGCUAGGUAUUCCUACGUCCUUACCUCCACCCUCCUCCGGAAGAACCCACCCUGGGCUUGGACACCCCUCUACGAGGACGCCUGCCGCGCCCUCAAGAAGGCGGUGACAUGUGCACCGGUUCUUCACCUACCCGAUUUUGAUCGCCCUUUUAUCCUUACCAUCGAUGUGUCAGACUUUGCUGUAGGAGCAGUGCUUUCUCAGGUCUUCCCCUCCUCUCCUGAUUCCUCUCAUCCUCGUAUCCCUCGCUUCCCACCACCUACCCCUACCACUGCUUCCCGACUGACGCCUACUCGUCCAGCUACUGACGAGCCUUCUAUUGAAUAUUCUCCUACCAUCGCCGAGGACGGCAAUGUUGAGUCUCGCUUAGGUGAUUGUCCGAUAGCCUUCUACUCACGUCAACUCCUGCCCGCCGAGAUAAACUACACUACUGAUGAACGUGAGGUUCUCGCAGUAGUUUAUGCCGCUCGGCACUGGCGUCACUACCUGCAUGGGGCACCGUUCACGGUGCGUACGGACAACUCUGUUGUCCAGGCUUUUCUGACAAAACUGAAGCUCACUCCUCGACAGGCUCGCUGGUGGCGCGACCUAUCCGAGUUUAGUUUCACCACUGAGCACAUCAAGGGUGAGACUAACCGGGUCGCAGAUGCAUUAUCCCGACGCCCUGACCACGAUCAGGAGCAGAUCCAACUCUCUUCCAUCUCGGUCUCCACCGUCCACCACUCGAUGAUCGACGAGUUUCGCACUCAGUACCGCCACUGCCCCGACUAUCGCGACAUCCACGCGACCCUUCGGAGUGGCAAGUCCAUCCCGAACUACUCUCUCGGUGACAACGGUCUCGUAUACUGGCACGUAGCAGAGUUCCAUGACCAGGCAGCCGCCGGUCAUAUGGGCUUCCACAAGACGUUGGCUCGUGUGAGCCGCCUAUACGUCUGGCCGAAGCGCAAGGACUUUAUGAAGGACUACGUCGCAGAGUGUCCCACCUGUCAGGAGGUGAACAGUGCGAACCACCUGCCUUAUGGUUUGCUCCAGCCUCUUCCUAUCCCUGAGGGUCGUUGGCAGUCCAUCUCGAUGGACUUUAUCGGUCCUCUUCGACCUACGACCCCCCGCAGUCAUGAUGCUAUCCUGGUCGUCGUUGACCGCUUCAUGAAGCGUGCACGCUUUGUUCCGUGCCGCUAUGCUAUCAGUGCACGUGAGGUCGCCGACAUCGUGUUUGACCGAGUCGUGCGUGACCACGGCUUACCUCUGAGCAUCAUAUCUGACCGUGACCCGCGCUUUACCAGCCGAUUCUGGCAACGGCUCCACGAGGUGUACGGCACUCAGCUCCGCUUCUCCUCGUCUUACCAUCCUCAGACUGAUGGUCAGACCGAGAUCACGAACAGGACUCUCGGAGAUAUUCUCCGAAAGAUUGUUCGUGACGACCAGCAGUGGAAUUUCCAUCUUGCCCACACGGAGAUAGCCUACAAUCACGCCGUCUCGCCAGCCACGGGGAUGUCGCCUUACUAUUGCGACCUCGACUAUCACCCUCGUGUUCCCGCGGACUUCCUUCGACCAUCCGAGCUGCACCCCGACACGAGUUGUCCCGCGCUAGACGAUUGGGUUGCACACAUGACGUCGAUCAUGAAGACCGCACAUGAGCACAUAGCCGCUUCCCAGACUCGCAUGGCAGCACGUGCGAACCGAUCGAGGAUGGAUUAUCCAUUCAAAGUCGGUGAUGAUGUGCUUAUCGACGCCCGCCACUUACAGCUCGAAGCGGACACGCUUUGCAAGUUUCGGCGUUGCUUCUUUGGCCCAUGCCGCAUCCUCCAGGCCGUCGGUUCUGAUACGGCAUCUAGCCCGGUCAGCUUCCGUGUGAAGCUGUCCGACUACCUACGCCAGGCUCGUGUGCACGAUGUCUACCAUGUCUCGUUACUGCGUCCUUACCGCAGACCGUUUGAGCGUUUCGCCAGACGACCAUACGAGCGCCCUCCACCCAUCAUGGUGGACGGUCACGAGGAGUUCCUCGUUUCAGACAUCAUUGGUCGCUGAAUCACCAACGACAACCCUCCCCACGUCGAGUAUCUCGUACGUUGGAAGGGUUACCUUGAUAAGGAGGCUACCUGGGAGCCCCUCGAGCACUUGCAGCACGCUCGCAUGUUGGUGCGUACCUAUGACCGUGCUCGUCGUGCUGGGUUCACUCCUCCUCCUCAGCCCACUGACCCUCCUCCUUCUCCUCCGACUGAGGAGACUGCUGAAGUCGAGACUGCUCCAUCUGAGGCAGACCUUCAGCAGCAGCCGGAUGCUUUUGAGCGU